AUGGGGGAGCCGCAGGAGUACCUGGCGGACGGGACGCCCCUGAUCACGGCCGCGCAGCUGGGGAAACUGCGCCUGGUGCGUCUGCUGGUGGAGGGCGGGGCCCAGGUGAACGAGCGCAACCAGCGGGGGGAGACGCCCCUGCUGGCGGCCUGCCGGGCUCUCCGCGGCGGCGCUAAUGGCGCCAGCACGCUCAGGCUGCUCCGGUUCCUCCUGGAGAACAAGGCCGACCCGAACGCCCAGGACAAGGCGGGCCGCACCGCGCUGAUGUACGCCUGCAUGGAGAAGGCGGGGCCGGCGGUGGCCGGCGCCCUGAUCGGGGCCGGCGCGGACCCCAGCAUGGAGGACUACGGCGGGGCCUCGGCGCUGGUCUACGCCAUCAACGCGCGCGAGCAGGAGACGCUGCGGCUGCUGCUGGACGCCUGCCGGGCGCGCGGCCGCGACAUCAUCAUCAUCGCCACCGACCUGAGCGGGGCGGGGCGGGGCCGGUCGCCCGUCACGCGGCGCUACCUCAACGUGCCGCCCUCGCCCGACCACUCGCCCGUGUCCUGCAUGUCGCCCUCCGAGAUCGAGCUGCGCGCCGCCGGCGGGUCGCCGGGCUCCGAGAACGGCGGGGAGAACGGCGGCGAGGAGGGCAACUUCUUCAACUUCCGCGGCGCGGGGAAGAGAGGGAGCGGGGGCGGGGGCCCCGGGGCGGAGGAGGGGGACGGGGAGCCGGGCGAGGGCCGGGGCCCGCGCGCCCAGCGCUUGCACUCCGAGCCCUGGCUCGCCAUCCGCAACCUGGCCCACCUCCGCAGCGCCUACGAGGAGGGUCUGAGGCGGGGUGCUGUCCACGAGGAGGACGAGGAGGAGGAAGAGCCGCCCCAGGACCUGAGGGCGUGCCGGAGGAGCUCCCUCCUCCACCCCUACGGCGGCGCGGACCCCCCGGGGGCCAGGACCCCGUCCCCGAACACGCUGUCCCCCGGCGGGCACCUCCCGCAGCUGGGCCGCAGGAACACCCUGUCCUGCCUCCCGGACACACGGCUCCUCCAGCUGCCCACGCUCACGCUGCACCACGCCGGCUCCGACUCCCACCUGCAGGCCCCGCCGCCCGGCACGCCUGCACGGGGCCCGGGUCGCAGGACGGAGCGCUGCCCCAGCACCUGGGCCCUGUUGCCCGGCGACUGCACCCCGGCGGCCGAGGCCUCCAGCAGGAAGAAGGGCCCGCCGCACAGGGGGAGCUUCCUGCCCCCGCUCCCCAUCUGCCCCGGCGCCCGGCCCCCUGCAGCCGACUUGCCCCCCCGGCCCCCGCAGGCCAUGCCCCGGCUGGAGGCCGGGUGGCGGGGCAGGAGGGUGCAGCGACGGCACUCUGUCCAGCUGGAGCAGGUGGGGCAGAUGGGGCAGAUGGGGCAGGUGGAGCGUUUGGGGCAGAUGGGGCAGGUGGAGCGUUUGGGGCAGCUGGGAAGCUCAGAGGAGAUUCUGAUCCUGUGA